ACUUCCGAAAAAUUAAGAUAGGGAAACAUCAAAGAAGUAACGAAUGUGUAUUCGAUUGUGACGUCACUCGGUCAGCUUGCAGCUACACCACAGAAGGACAUCAUACGAUCCAAAUUUGUGAGCAUAAAACAGCAAUAAAAGAGUAAACAUGCCUGUUUUCCCACAGUAUUUAACUCCUAAACAGGAGGAAGAGUUGAGAAACAUUGCCAAUGCCAUUGUUGCACCAGGCAAAGGAAUUCUUGCUGCUGAUGAAUCCACAGGUUCCAUUGGGAAAAGAUUUGCCCCCAUAAAUGUAGAAAAUUCUGAAGAGAAUAGAAGGCGCUACAGAGAUUUGCUGUUUUCAACUGACAAAAGCCUUUCAGAGAACAUCAGUGGGGUCAUCAUGUUCCAUGAAACAUUUUAUCAAAAAACCAAGGAUGGAACACCAUUCACAAAAGUUCUACAAGAUAAGGGCAUCAUUCCAGGAAUAAAGGUGGAUAAAGGAGUGGUCCCCCUGGCUGGUACAGAAGAUGAGUGCACUACUCAAGGUUUGGAUGGAUUGUCAGAAAGAUGUGCACAAUACAAAAAAGAUGGUGCUCAGUUUGCUAAGUGGAGAUGUGUUCUGAAAAUCCAGCAAUACACACCUUCCUACCAAGCUAUGCUAGAGAAUGCCAAUGUCCUAGCCAGAUACGCCAGUAUCUGUCAACAGAAUGGUCUUGUACCAAUUGUAGAACCAGAGGUCUUGCCUGAUGGAGAACAUGAUUUAGAAACUGCACAGAAAGUCACAGAACAGGUACUUGCAUUCACAUAUAAAGCCCUGGCAGAUCACCAUGUUUACCUGGAGGGAACUUUACUCAAGCCCAACAUGGUUACAGCUGGUAUGAGCUGCACCAAAAAAUUCUCCAAGGAGGACAAUGCAAGGGCCACCAUCCUUGCCCUGAGUAGAACAGUCCCUCCCGCUGUCCCAGGUGUCACCUUCUUGUCUGGGGGUCAGUCUGAGGAGGAUGCCACACAGAACCUGAACCUGAUUAAUGCCAUCAAGGGCCCCAAGCCUUGGGCUCUCACUUUCUCAUUCGGGCGAGCCCUGCAGGCCUCAGUCCUUAAGGUGUGGGAAGGCAAGGAUGAAAAUGUGGCUAAAGCCCAGACAGAGCUUAUUACAAGGGCAAAGGCUAAUGGACUGGCUGCUGUUGGAAAGUACCAGGGUGGUUUGGAUAGUGCUGCAGGAGGACAGUCUUUGUUCGUGGCCCAACACGCCUACUAAAUACUCGUGUGUUUUAUGACUCUUGUUGCAAAAGACACAGUCAAUGCUUAGGAAAUUGUUAGAUCUGAUACUGUUUUUCCUUUUUACAUGUUGUGGAUUUACAGAGUUUUAUUUAUUGUUAAGUGAUUUUUACUGACACAAAUGCUACAUGUAUAUGUAAAUCUGCUUUCUUUUCAACAAGCUUUUAUAUCUUUAAUCGCGUAACAUUUACGUAGCGUAAAUUAGUUUCAAAGCAAAGCUUCUAUUUAACAUGUGAAAGGUUAGUCAUUUUUUUUUAUAUAAAGAAUAGUCAUCAUUUUAGCAAGAUUGCAAUCAUUUUCUUUUCUGCUUUAUUUUUGAAAAGCAAAUGUUAACUCUAUUUUAAAUUGUAUCUGCUGAAUAUACCUCAUUUUAUGGAUCAAAGCAGUUGAAUUAUCAAUAAUUUAAUCAAAGUAAUAAAGAACGGUACAUACAGUGUACAUUCAUUUUGGAAUGUUCAAUAUGUUGUUUUUUUUAUUGAUAUCUGCAUAAUACAAUAAAAAAAUAACAAUCUU